GUGAUAAGAAAUUCAAAGUCUUACCCAUGCGGUUGGAUAAUAGAUGAUUUUGUUGUUUUUAAUUUUAAUACUACUAAACUUAUAUUCAGCUCUUUCGUGUGAUACUUAAAAGAAUGCCCACAAAUAUUUAUAGAAUUCAAGGGCCCGAUGGCACCAUACCUUAUCAGCAGUAUUUAAUCGAUAAAAGCAAUAAUAAACUUGUAGAAAUUGCUACAGCGUUAAUGAAGGAUGUACGAUACGAUGGCAGAGAUAUUUCAGCCCAUAGAAAUUUAUGUAUUAAAACUGGUAUUGUUACACAAGCUAAAGGAUCAGCUUAUUUAGAAUGUGGUAGUACAAAAUUAAUAUGUUCUGUAUUUGACCCAAAAGAAGUUCCAAAUAAAGUAGAAUAUGCUAAAACUGGAGAACUUCAGUGUGAAUUUAAAUUUGCCACAUUUUCAUGUAGACAACGGCGUGGGUAUACAAGAGAUUCCGAAGAACGACAAUUGUGCAAUGAGUUACGUAGAGCUUUAGAACCUGCUAUUUGUAGAGGUGAAUUUGCAAAUUUUGAAAUUCAUAUUAAUGUUCUAGUAUUAGAAAAUGACGGAUCUGUGUUGGCUACUGCAAUUACAGCUGCAGGACUUGCAUUAAUGGAUGGAUGUAUACCUAUGUACGAUGUGAUCGUUGCUACUUCAUUGGGAAUUUACAAAAAUAAAAUUUUAGUGGAUCCUACUUAUGACGAGGAAACAUUGUGCUCAUCUAGGACAGAUGAUGGAGAAAACAGAGGCACUGUAAUGUUAGCUUAUAUGAAGAAUUUGCAACAAAUUACUGAAUUUGCACAGAAUGGUUCAAUGGAUGUAAAUAUGUUUCCAGAAUAUGUGCAAACAUUAAUUAAUCAAAAUUGUAAACUAUACAAAAUGGUGAUCUCUGCAGCUAGAAAAGAUGUUAUUGAAUAUUUUGAAAAUGAAACUAAAGAAUGAUUAAAAAUCUUAACACUAUAAAUUCAAUAAUAGGUGUAUAAAAUGUUUUUUUAAAGAUUUUAUUCAGUUCAAAUCU